ACUUCACAAUAUUGAAACAACAUGGUGGUUUUACAAACUCUCUCUUCGCUAAAGACGGUUCUUUGUGUGUGAGACCUUUAUGUUCUGCAGUGAUAUAAUGGAGAUGAGUGUGUGUCCUUGGUAUCCAUUGCUGUCAUUAUGACUGGAGGUUGUAUUUGCAGAGACCAAAGUCAAAGAGCCAUAAACAGCUACUGCAUGAAGGGAAACACCCAAGCCCACCAUUUGAUUUGAAACUCACUGGGACUAGGCCGGGUGGACGGCUAUAACACAGAGAGGGCCUGAGGCUUGUACUUCUUUUUCCCCUCUGAAAAUCUGUCAGUAAACACAGGCCUGAAGUUUGUCAUUGUACUUUGUGCGUUAGACUGGGGGAAGGAAGGACUCAGUCAUGGUGGUCCUGAGAAAGGGGGAUUAUGUGUGGGUGGACUCCAGCACUGGUGUGCCAAUCGGUGCCGAGGUUAGACUCUCAGAAUCAGGCCAGCUCCAGCUCAUAGAUGAUGAGGGAAAGGAGCACAAGAUCAAGAAAGAUGCCUCUCUGAAGCCCAUGCAUCCCACCUCUGUUAACGGCGUGGAUGAUAUGAUUCGGCUCGGGGACCUAAAUGAGGCUGGCCUGCUGAGGAACCUUCUGGUUCGCCACAGAGAGGGCAUCAUCUAUACGUACACAGGGUCCAUUCUGGUGGCGGUGAACCCAUACCAGCUGCUGCCGAUCUACACUCCAGAGCAGGUGCAGCUGUACACAGACCGGCGGCUGGGCGAACUGCCCCCGCACGUGUUUGCCAUCGCAGACAGCUGCUUCUUUAACAUGCGCCGCAACCGAAAGGACCAGUGCUGCAUCAUCAGUGGUGAGUCUGGUGCAGGGAAGACUGAGAGCACCAAGCUGAUUCUGCAGUUUUUGGCAGCAGUGAGUGGGCAGCGCUCGUGGAUAGAGCAACAGAUACUAGAAGCUAACCCCAUACUGGAAGCCUUUGGUAAUGCAAAGACUGUUCGAAAUGAUAACUCAAGCCGCUUUGGGAAGUACAUCGACAUCCACUUCAGCAAGGGGGGGACCAUAGAAGGAGCCCGCAUCGAGCAGUACCUGCUGGAGAAAUCUCGUGUCUGUCGACAGGCUCAAGAAGAAAGGAACUACCACAUCUUUUACUACAUGCUGAUGGGCAUGCCAGCUGAACAGAAGAAGAUCCUGUCUCUAGGCAGUGCUGUUGAGUACAACUACCUGGUUAUGGGUAAGUGCACUUCCUGUGAGGGACGAGAUGACAUAAAAGAAUACGCCCACUUCCGUUCUGCCAUGAAGAUCCUGACGUUCACUGAGAAUGACUCCUGGGAAAUUCACAAGCUCCUUGCUGCCAUCCUCCACCUAGGCAAUGUGAACUUUGAAGCUACUGUUUCCAAUAACUUGGAGGGCUGUGAUAUUCCCUCCUCUAAUCAUUUCAACAUGGCUUCCCAGCUGUUGGAGGUGGAUACGAAGGCUCUGGAUGUCAGUUUGACUCAGAGGUCUUUCAUGACUAACCGGGAGAUUGUAUCUAAACCUUUGACCUCAGAACAAGCAGUUGAUGGCAGGAAUGCCUUUGUGAAGGCCAUCUAUGGAAGAUUGUUCAUAUGGAUUGUGGAGAAAAUAAACAGUGCCAUUUAUAAGCCACCUUCGGAGGACUCAAAUGACACCCGCCACUCAAUAGGCUUGCUGGACAUCUUUGGCUUUGAAAACUUCAAACAUAACAGCUUUGAGCAGCUCUGCAUCAACUUUGCCAAUGAGCAGCUUCAGCAGUUUUUUGUGAAACAUGUCUUCAAGCUGGAACAGGAGGAGUACACCCGCGAGAACAUUGUAUGGACGCACAUCGACUACAGCGAUAACCAGCGCACUCUGGAUGUGUUGGCCAUCAAAUCUCUUAACGUCCUCUCACUUAUUGAUGAGGAGAGUCACUUCCCCAAGGGCACAGAUACCACUUUGCUGAACAAGCUGGAUCAGGUGCAUGGGAAGAGCAAUAUCUACAUCGGCCCCAAGAACAACCAUGACACAAUGUUUGGAAUUCAGCAUUUUGCGGGACCAGUCUAUUAUGACUCCAAAGGUUUCCUGGAAAAGAACAGAGAUGCUCUGAGCUUAGACCUCAUCCAGCUGGUGGAAACCUCAACCAAUAAGCUCCUCAAAAGUAUCUUCCACAAUGAGCUCUCUGUCAAUGAGGUGAAGAGCAGAGGCAACUCCAAAAUGAUCAUCACUCCCAACAACUCCUUGCGGCAAAUGACAGACUCUAAAAAGCGAGUGCCUACUUUGUCUGGGCAGUUUCGGCAGUCGCUGGACGCUCUGAUGAAAACUUUGACUGCAUGUCAACCUUACUUCAUUCGCUGCAUCAAACCUAAUGACUUCAAGAAGCCCAUGCUGUUUGACAGGGAGCUGUGUAUGCGUCAGCUGCGCUACUCUGGGAUGAUGGAGACCAUCCGCAUCAGAAAAGCUGGCUACCCCAUCCGCCACACCUUCCAGGAGUUUCUUGACCGCUACCGAGUGCUGCUCAACUCCGCCGUUUGCGACCCAAAAAAGGAGAGUGCCAAGGCAUGCAGUGAAAGUAUAUGUAAGAAUGUGUUCAGUGCUGAAGACGACUGGAAAAUUGGCAAAACCAAAGUGUUUCUGAAGGAUUUCCAUGACACCAUGCUGGAGCUGAAGCGAGACAAGGCCUUGAAUGAGAAAGCACUUAUCAUUCAGAAAGUCCUGAGAGGAUACAAGUACAGGAAACAGUUUCUUAAACAAAGGUCUGCAGCUGUGGUUGUACAGAAGUAUUGGCGCGGACACAAAGGCAGAAAACUCUUCAGAGUGGUCCAGUUAGGUUUUGCACGUCUUCAGGCCACAGUGCGUUCUCGACAGAUAGCCCGUCAGUAUGAUCUGGAGCGGAGGGCCACCCUGCUCCUGCAGAGGCAGAUCCACGGCUACCUGGCCAGGAAAGAGUGGAAGCGCAAGAGAGACGCUGCCAUCCUUCUGCAAGCUCAUAUCAGAGGCUUGAAUGCCCGGAGAGCUGUCGACAAGAUCAAGAGAGAUGCUUUUCUGUCGCUACAGGAGCGCAGGGCAGAGGAGCUAGCUGCUCUGGAAAGACAGAGGAAGCUAGAGGAAGUUCUCCGCAAGAAGAAAGAGAGGGAGGCUGCUGAACAAUCAGAGAUCAUCACAGAUCAGGAAAUGGUGGACACCAUCUUUGGCUUUCUGCCCAGCCUGGUGGGGGGGCAGGAGGGCCAGGCGCCUGCAGGCUUUGAGGAUCUAGAGGGAAAGCGGACUGUACUGGAGGAAGUGGAUCUGGAUGAUGCUCCUAUGAUGGAAGAACUUCCAGAAGAAGACUAUGAUGAUCUGGAUGAGUAUUCGUUCUCCAAGUUCGCAUCUAUGUACUUCCAAGGCGCUGCGACACCCACACACAUCCGCCAGAGACUACGACAACCUCUGCUCUACCAUGAAGAUGAGAGUGAUGUGCUGGCCUCUCUAACAGUGUGGUGGAUCAUCCUAAGGUUCAUGGGAGAUCUCCCUGAACCAAAGCCACAGCAGGCCCCCAGAGGUGGAUCAGCAUUCGCUGAUCGCUCUCUCCAGAAGGAUGUGGCCUCCAGGCAGGACAGACGCCUCAGUCAUAUGGUGGGACUGGACCAGAGGGUGCUGAGAAACAGAAGGAGCAGGAAAGAGUCUUCAGCUCCAGAGGAGACUCCACAGAACAGAAAGACCUCGACAUUUACAGAUCUGCUUUCACGAAGCAGGAAGACAUCAACCGUGCCAGAGGAAGUCGUCCUCAACCGGAAAACUUCCUCCACACCAUCAGAGACUCCUAAAAACAGGAAAUCCUCUACCUUCACUGAUCUACUGACCCGGAACAGAAAGAUCUCCACUGUCCCUGAGGAGGGAAUGUCAAACAGAAAGUCUGCCAGAAAACCAUCAGUCAUUCAAGAAGAGCCAGAGGACGAUGCUCAGGUUUCCAAGCCACCAACUGUGCAAACGAUUAGUGAGGAAGAAGAGAUCAUGAUUGCAGAAGGACCCACCCUGGACCGCCCACUCACGUCCCUUGAAAAACUGCACAUCAUUGUAGGAUAUGCCAUUGUCAGACGUGACCUCAGGGAUGAGAUCUACUGUCAGAUCUGUAAGCAGCUCCAAGAGAAUGGCAAUCGCAGUAGCUUCUUCCGUGGCUGGGUCCUUCUGUCUCUCUGUCUGGGCAUCUUUCCUCCCACUGAGCGCUUCAACAAGUACCUGCAAAGCUUCAUCCGUCUUGGCCCUGUUGGAUAUGCGCCCUACUGCGCAGAACGGCUGCGGCGCACUGUGGCUAAUGGAGUGCGUGGAGAACCUCCCAGUUGGCUUGAGCUACAGGCCACAAAAACCAAGAAACCUAUGGCCAUCUCUGUGACACUUAUGGAUGGGCGAACUAUCAACUUGCCUGUGGACUCUGCAUCAACGUCUAAAGAAGUCUGUCAAGUGUUAUCACAGACGGUUAAACUUCAAGACACCUUUGGCUUCUCUCUCUAUGUGGCUCUCUAUGACAAGGUGUGGUCUCUGGGCAGUGGGCGUGAGCAUGUGAUGGAUGCCAUUUCCCAGUGUGAGCAAGAGGUAAAGCGAAAGGGUGGGAAGGAGCAGCACGCCCCCUGGCGCCUUUACUUCCGCAAAGAAAUCUUCACCCCUUGGCAUGACUGCAGCCAGGACAGCGUCAGCACUGACCUCAUCUACAGCCAGGUCAUCAGAGGCCUGAAAUAUGGAGAGUACCAGUGUGAGCGGGAGGAUGAUGUUGUUGAGUUGGCAGCAAAGCAUUUCUUCGUGCAGUACGGCUCAGACAGCAGCAUGGAGAACACAAAGUCUGUGGUCCAGGACUGUGUUAACUCCACACUACUGGAGUCCAAGUCAGAGGCUAAAUGGAUUCAGAUGGUCAACACUGCACACCUUCAGGGUCCUUAUAUAAACUCAAGAGCCAAAGCUGCUGAAGUCAAAGCAGAAGUAGUGGAUUAUGCUCGUCAGAAGUGGCCUUUGUUCUUCUCAAGGUUUUUCGAAGUUGUCAGGCAUUCAGGUCCUUCCCUACCUAAGAACAAGUUCAUCAUGGCUAUCAACUGGACGGGAAUAACCUUCCUGGACGAACGUGAGAGGAAGCUUCUAGAACUUUCCUACCCAAUGGUAACUGGGGUGAACACUACGAGAGAAGGAAAGUCAUUUGGACAGUCUGUGUGUUUGCUGACUCUGAAAGGAGACUUCAAUCUGAAUGCAGUGAUGGCUGCAGACAUUGUUGAUCUAAUAGCUCUGUUCCUGGCAGGCCUAACAAAGCACUCCCAGUAUGCUGUGGCCUUGCAAGAGAUCAACAGACAAGAUGAUCCCACUUUUCUUAGCUUCAAAAAAGGAGAACUUAUUCUCCUCAUUAAGGAUGAUGACUUUUCUCCAAGCGGUGGCUGGCUGAAGGGACAGAAUGAGCGAACUGGACAAAAGGGGGCAGUACCUACAGAAGCCGUCUUGAUUCUGCCCACACUCACCAAACCCACCAAUGAGGUCUUGAGUCUAAUCAGUCUGUCUCCUGAUCAGAGGAAGACCAUCAUUAACAACACACUCAGAGGAACAGCCACUGAGAGGGUGGCUCCUGCAACACUCAAAGAGUUUUCCAUUGAGUACUUUAGGCCCCCAACUAAAGACGUAAACAGGCAGGUGAUCUCUAAAAAUGUGGCUCCUGAAAGGCUGUGGGCCAACUCCAGAGAGCCCAUCAGGCAGCCCCUGCUAAAGAGACUAUUGGGCAACCCUGAGCUCAGCCACCAGGCCAGCCAGGCCUUCACUGCUAUCCUAAAGUACAUGGGUGACUACCCAACCAGGCAGAUUCAGAACCCUCUGGAGCUCACGGAUCAGAUCUUUGGCCCUGCCACUCAGAAUGAAGCACUCAGAGAUGAGAUCUACUGCCAGAUCAUGAAACAGAUGACAAGCAAUAACAACCGGUACAGUAUGGAACAGGGUUGGCAGCUGCUCUGGCUGUGCUGUGGUCUCUUUCCCCCAAGUAACUCUCUGCUGAAGCACGCCCAGCGCUUCCUGGAGACCCGGCGGAGGGAGACACUGGCCUCUGACUGCCUACACAGACUACAGGGUGCUCUGAGAACUGAGCCCAGGAAGCUUCCUCCUCACCAGGUAGAAGUGGAUGCCAUUCAGCAGAACAGCAUUCAGAUCUUCCACAAAAUCAAUUUCCCUAAUGACACAGAGGAGAUAUUUGAAGUUGCAACUAACACUAAGGUCAGAGACUUGGUCCAAACAAUUGCCACUAAACUCAGGCUGAUUUCUGAGGACGGCUUCAGCAUCUUUGUCAAAACUCCAGACAAGGUUUUGAGUCUGAAUGAGGCAGACUACUUCUUUGACAAUCUGAGGCAGAUCACUGACUGGACCAGAACAACUAAAAUGGCGAAGGAUGGAGGGCCAGUGAAUAUGUCAUACUCAGUGUUCUUCAUGAGGAAGCUGUGGUUCAAUGUAAUGCCUGGCAGGGAUCUGGAGGCUGACCGCAUCUUCCACUUUCCUCAGGAGUUGCCCAAGUAUCUCCGUGGGUACCACCGCUGUACUAAAGAGGACAUGGUGCAGCUGGGUGCUUUCCUCUUCAGGGUGAAGGUGGACAAUGAUAAGACUCAGUUUGUCAUGAUCCCCAAGAUGCUGAAAGAGCUGGUGCCCAAUGACCAGCUCAAAGCCAUGUCAGCUGAUGACUGGAAAAAGAACAUUGUUGCUGCCUACAAUAAGCAAGCAGGCAUGACAGUGGAGGAGGCCAUGGUGGGCUUUCUGAAGGUGAUCUUUAAGUGGCCCACAUUUGGCUGUGCCUUCUUUGAAGUGAAGCAAACAUCUGAACCCAGCUUCCCAGACAUUGUGAGAAUUGCCAUCAGCAGACAGGGAGUAACAAUCAUGCACCCUAAGACCAAGGAUGUCCUAGCAACACAUCCGCUGAACAAGAUUGCAAACUGGUGCAGUGGAAGCACGUAUUUCCACAUGACUGUAGGCAACCUGGUUAAAGGGAACAAGAUUCUGUGUGAAACCUCCCUGGGCUACAAAAUGGAUGAUCUGUUGACGUCUUACGCAAACAUGUAUCUGAAUGAGACUAGAGUACAGAGACCCAGAAACCGGCGCUUUAACUGAGACGUGGCCUCAGGGGAGAAAUUACAAAUUUAUCGAGCCUUUUUAACAUGCUCAUUCCCACUAAUGUUUGUAUUUACAAUAAAGGAUCACACAGAAUAUGGCUAAAUAUACUUGUUAUGAAUGUUCUAAAAGCUUUUUAAUAUACAGAAGGACCCAUCCGUCUAAGUGAACUAUGAAGAACUGUUUGUGUUUCGUCAGUUAUGAAAACCUAAUACAGUUUG